CUCCCCUGCUUAUACCCACCAGCAGCCGUGCGACACUCCCUCAGUUCAUCUCCUCUCUGCAUCAUUCCGUUUAUCUCUUUUGCCCAGCAUCCAUCCACCUCCAGCUGCAGUAUGGACAGCACAGUUUCAGCGUACUCUGAGAAGCUGAGAGAGAUGUCAGUGUUGUCUCUCAUCUGCUCUUGUUUGUAUUCCCAACCUCAUCCCAACACCUUUGGUCAGUUUGAAGACAUGGAGGUGAAGUCACUGAAUAAGCGAGCGUCUGGUCAGGCCUUUGAGGUUAUCCUCAAGAGUCCCACAGACCUGUCUCCAGAGAGACCCCAGACCCUGGCACUGCCACCCCAGAAGAAGGAGCCCACACUGGGGGAACUACAGAGGAGACUGGAGGCUGCAGAGGAGAGAAGAAAGUCCCAGGAGAAGCAGGUCCUGCAGCAGUUGGCAGAGAAACGGGAGCGUGAGAGGGAUGUGCUCAAUAAGGCCCAGGAGGUGAACAACAACUACAGCAAGAUGACAGAGGAGAAGCUCAACCAGAAAAUGGAGCUGAUCACAGAAAACCGCAUGGCCCGUCUCAACGCUCUCAAGCAGCGUCUGAGAGAGAAGGAGAUCCAUGCUGCUGAAGUCCGCAGGAAUAAGGAACUUCACACUGAGCUUUCCGGCUAAGGCACCCCCAAACCCAUCCAAUCUUGACUGAAUUUGGAGAAGAUCACUUUCUUUGGGCAAACUGUCUCAAAGAAUUCAUACCAGACUAACAGUAUUGAUUUUCCAAAUAUCUGAACAUAUAUAACAUUCUACUAAUCUCCCUGCUGAAACACAGCUCAGACCAGUUUCAAUUCCAAGAUGGUUUUAACUGGUCUUAGGUGGGCAAAAUCUGGUUCUGUUGCACUUUGACCAGCUUAACCACUAUAACUAUAAUGGGUGACAAGGUAAAACCAGCAUGAAAGUGCCCAAACACACUGUAUCUUAUACUGGUAACCAGCAAUAUGAAUUGGUCUUUUACUGUAUGCUAGUCACCAGUUUGACCCGUUUAGCUGGUCUAAGCUGUUUGUUAGCAGGGCUGAAACUCUCUAAAAACAAAACUCUGCACUUUAUCGGAUAUGAUUUAUUCACAUUGGUAGUUUAGAAUCAUUUAAAUGGUCAUUGAUUUGUUGGUAUGUUUUUGAGUGGCCUGCAAAAUAAAUAUUUAUGAACUGAAGGCUGAAAAUCAUACAGAAUAACAAAAUUAAAACAUUACAGGUUGGUAAGAAAGAGUCUCUUUCAUUUU